AUGCCUCAUCCUGACCUUAUUUGUCAUCUUCAAAAAUCUCUUUAUAGCCUCAAACAAGCCCAACGGGCUUGGUUAGAUAAGUUUGGAUCUACAAUAUGUUCGAUUGGCUUCUCUCAGAGUUCAUCUGAUUUGUCACUGUUCCUUCGCCAUUCAAUUACAGGAUAUGAUAUUGAUGGUGUUGUUCGGGUGAAAUCAUUUCUUCAUGUUUCAUUUAAAAUGAAGGAUUUAGGUCCUCUCACAUAUUUUCUCGGUUUGGAGAUAGGGUAUACCCUUUCUGGUAUUACCUUGGGUCAACAGAAGUAUGCGUCCGAAGUAGUUGCUUUGUUUGGUUUGACUGAUACAAAGGCGGUUCUUACGCCAAUGGAGGUUAACACCAAGUAUGGUAGAGAUGAUGGUGAGCGUUUUCCUGAUCACACACUUUAUAAGAGAUUGGUAGGUUCACUUGUGUACUUGACUAUGAUUAGGCCAGAUAUCUCCUAUGCGGUUCAAUUAGAGGGGUAUUCUGACACUAACUGGGCUGGUUGUCCCGAUUCUAGGCGAUCGGUUACGGGAUGGUGUAUGUUUCUUGGCUCCUCCCUAGUUUCUUGGAAGUGUAAGAAGCAGACUCGCACAUCCAAGUCGAGUACUGAAGCUGAAUAUUGCUCUAUGUCAGCUCUAGUUCAGAUAUUGUUUGGCUUCAUCGGAUUCUAUCUGAAUUGGGGGUUCCCUUCACUGGUCCAUCAGUAUUGCAUGCAGAUAACACGAGUGUCAUGA